CGUCUUGAAUCCUGCAUCCCUGUCUCCAUGCUUUCGGAGGCAUUUUGAAUUUCCUUGGCAACAUGGAGCUGCCUGAAUUAGAAUUCUCUGCAUGACAGUCCUGGUAAGCAGUAGGAUGGUGUCUGGGGAGGCAGGAGGGCACAGCUACUUGGUGGCGUGCUGGCAGCCCAUCCUGAUCCUAAUGCUGGGCACUGUCCUCUCUGGCUCCACCACCGGUUGCCCGUCCCGAUGUGACUGCAACGCUCAGGAGCGGUCAGUCGUGUGCCAUCGACGGAGACUGGCAGCUCUUCCCGAGGGCAUCCCCACUGAAACAAGGCUGCUAGACCUCAGCAAGAACCGGCUGAAAACUCUUGGGCCCGAAGAGUUCAUUAAUUACCCUCAGCUGGAGGAGCUGCAACUUAAUGAAAACACAAUUUCAACCAUUGAGCCUGGGGCUUUUAGCAACCUCAUGAACCUCCGAACUCUAGGUUUGCGCAACAACCAGCUGAAGCUCAUUCAGCUGGGGGUGUUCACUGGCCUGACCAACCUCACCCAGUUGGAUAUUAGUGAGAACAAAAUUGUCAUUCUGCUCGACUACAUGUUCCAGGAGCUGUACAACCUGAGGGCUUUGGAGGUUGGCGACAAUGACCUCGUAUUCAUCUCACCCCGAUCAUUUCAUGGCCUCAGCAACCUUGAAAGCCUCAACAUUGAGGGAUGCAACCUGGCUUCAGUGCCCACCGAUGCCCUUAGCCAUCUGCAUAACCUGUUGUCACUUCGAUUACGUUAUCUCAACGUCACCGCCGUAAGAGAUUACUCCUUUAAGAGGCUGUAUCGGCUCAGAGUUCUGGAGAUUUCUCAUAUGCCUGCCCUGGACACCAUGACCCCAAAAUGCUUGUUUGGACUCAACCUCACUUCACUGUCCAUCACAAACUGUAAUCUUACCAUCAUCCCCUACCAAGCCAUCAGUCACCUAAGAUAUCUUCGGUUUCUGAAUCUGUCUUUCAAUCCCAUUUAUACGGUGGAAGGGAACCAACUGUUCAACCUACAGAAGCUCCAGGCUUUUCAUUUGGCCGGUGGAAGAUUAGCGGCCAUUGAGCCCUACUCUUUCCGAGGACUCAACCACCUCCGUGUACUCAAUGUAUCCAGCAAUAGCCUGAGCACCUUGGAGGAGUCUGUCUUUCACUCAGUGGGAAACCUUGAGACCCUGGCUUUAUAUGACAACCCGCUGGCAUGCGAUUGCCGCUUGCUCUGGGUCUUCCGCCGGCGGUGGAGGCUGAACUUUAACAGACAACAGCCCAUGUGUGCUUCACCUGAGAUUGUGCAAGGAAAAGAGUUCAAGGACUUCCCAGACAUCCUCCCCUCUGAUUAUUUCAUCUGCCAGAAAUCCAAGAUCGUGGAUUAUAAAGUUCAAGAAAGCCAUGUAGAUGAAGGAACUACGGUUUACUUCGCUUGCCAAGCUGAGGGUGAUCCAGUCCCGGUGAUAAUGUGGCUAUCCCCCAAGAAGGAAUACAUCACUACCAAAACUGCGGGGUCAAGACUUUCUGUGUCUAACGAGGGCACGCUGGAGGUGCGUUACGCCCAAAUCCAGGACAACGGCACCUACACGUGCAUCGCAAGCAAUGCAGCAGGCAAUGACACCAAAGCUGCUCACCUUUUUGUGCAUAGCUACUCCCCCAAUUGGCCCCACCAACCAAACAAGACAUUUGCCUUCAUUUCCAACCAGCCCAGCGACGAAGGUGCCAAUGUGACCCGGGCCACAGUUCCGUUUCCAUUCGAUGUAAAGACACUCAUCAUCGCAACAACCAUGGGAUUUAUCUCUUUCCUCGGAGUUGUUCUCUUCUGUCUUGUAAUAUUAUUCCUCUGGAGUAGAGGGAAAGACAAUACUAAGUCAAGUAUAGAGGUUGAAUAUGUGCCACGUAAAGAGGAAACAGAGGAGGCCAGUCCCACUGAGGCACCCAUACAAUUCAACAUGAAAAUCAUGUGAACAGGAGGUCACGUAAGCUUACGAACUGCAGUCGGGAUGCAUACUUUCCUCGCUUCAAAUAUGUACUCAGAUUAUGAGCGAUAAAAUCGCACAGCAG